AUGCCCAAAAAAAAAUGGAAAGAGGAACUUCGCAAAUUCUUGAGAGGCGAGCCGGCUGACCCGACUGAUCAGGACGAUCAGAAGUUUUAUUCCCUGUGCCAGAAGGCUGUGAAUGAGCAAAAAUCCAUUUUCGCAGCACUUCCCAUCUCAAGUCUCAAUCUGGAGGAAGUGCAGGUGAUGCUAGGUCUGGAGCUCACACUUGAGGACCCCGAGCUUGCAGCCGUGACCACCGUUGCGAUGUCAUCGGAACUUACCAACGUCCUGAAAAAGAUCGAAAUGGCCACCUUGCGAGGUCAACCGAACGAAGCCAUUAUCCGAAUAACUGUCGACAUGCUAAUUAUCUAUGCUCUCGAUGCUGCCAGGUCGAGGAAUUCGACCGGUGCUCGUUCUCUGCCUACAGGCGGAGAGACAAUGGGGCUACGGUCCAGUAAAACAAGAAAAAAAGCGUCGCAGACUAGUGGGGAAGCCGGACUACGCAGUCUGCGAAGAGAAGAGAGUACGGAGCAACUGGGCUACCACAGUGUCUGGCAUAUAUGGGAAUCGUACAUAGGCUACGGAAAGAGGCUGGCAAAAAGAACUGCACUGUCUAUGGCAUGGUUUCCGAUGACCGACACUUCUGCUUUCUUAAAAUCAAUGACAACUCUCAGGUGGUCCGAACGUUAUCUGCGAACCCGUGUUAGAGACUACAGUGAGAUUAUGGGUUUACUCGUACAUUUUUUCCAGAAGGCAGCGAUGAUGUCGCCUACUCAUUCGAAGGAAUCGUCUCGACAAACUCAUAUCAAGGAGAACUCCGGAUCUACAGUUUAUUCGUCAGCGGAUGGUGAUUCCCUCAUGGGUGAUGCCUAG